AAAUGUUGGCAAGUAAGCCGCGUGGCGUGCCGCGUUCGGCGUCCCUUAUUAUUGAUCUCACAUGUUUAGUACAACUUUCUUUUAAUUGUUAUUUUAUCUUUCUUUGAUUUUUACUACGGUUUUUCCAUGGUUUUUCUUUUCUUUUCCAUGGUUUUUAGUUGAGAUUUUUUAAUUUGAUUGUCACAAAAAUGUCAAAAGUUUUUGUUCAGUCGUCAAACUUCAUUACAUUUGUGUUUGUGUUUGACUUGGUUUGACAGUUUGACGUUUGACUUUGGAACGUCAACGUUAACCGUUCGUUAUCCAAAAAGAUUAGUUUCCCGCUAUUUUGAUUACUGUUUGUUUUUUUUAUUAAUAAGUUGCAAACAAUUUCAACGAUAUUUUUUGAAAGAAAAAUAAGAAGUCUUGCUUUUUACGAAAAAAUAGUUUAAAAUGAAGCCGCAGAAGAAAGUAAUAGUUACAAUAGCUUCCCAAAAUCAGGAAAAUAUUAGAGAGAGUAGACGGACAUUUAAAGACCUGCAAAGAGAUGCUUGUGAUAAAGAAAAUCUUAUAGGAAGGCCAAGUCAGAAAGAUUCUACAAGUGAUUCCGGAAAGUUGGAGCCAGUAAAAAAGAAGCGCCAGAUGUCAGAUAAAAGUGUGCAAGUAGGAGAAGCACCUAUAACUGCUGAGGACUUAACAUCUGAAGAAGCUUCCGCUGAUUAUUGGAAAAAACUAGCUGAAACGAGAGAAAAAUCUUUAGAUGACAGUUUACACGAAAUUGAGAAAUUAAAGGAUAAUAUAUCUACGUUAAAAGAAGAGAAUAGGAUUUGUAAAGAAAUGUUGGAAGAAUCAAAGCACUUGGUGGAAGUAUUACAGGAAAUGCUUAGCGAACAAGAUGAUCCAAAUGUUCCUGAUGAGUAACAUAUUUUUUAAUAAAUUGUAUAAUAUAUGAUGUACUUUAGUUUAACUAAUAACUACUUAGUUACCUAUAUUGUUAGUAUAGUUUUAACGUAACCAGUAUGACUGCAUCACUUUCGAAUGAUCUAAUAUUUGAAGAUUAUUGUAAGUAUCUAAGUAUAAGCUAAUUAUGAGCUCUAUUUUGUAGUACUAUGUAAUCUAAAAUGUAUUUUUUUACUUUAAUAAACACUAUAGUUAGUGAGUUUAUUGAAAAA